AACAAAGCUGACAGCGAUUCAGUUGUUAGCUGCAGCUGAAUGGUUCUCGAGCCUGUUGAGGAAAACAGGCGAGUUUAUUCGCGGUUAUCGUGCGUCUAUCAUUCAUACAGCGGACCGGUUUGCUUUUUUACACAUUUCCCUGUGUGUUUGUUCAACGAGCUAACGUCAGCCGCCUUCUGUUUCCUCGGUAGGGGAACGCGAACGUUAGCACAAGGACGUCGGAGCUAGCCCGUGAAGUUAACGUCUAAUCGAUCAUUGUUAUCGCACAUCGAACGGACAGCGAGCCACGUCGGUGCCCGACUCUUCCUGUUGUUGUUGUUGUUUUCCCUGUGUAUCGGCUGUGAGGGGCGGACAGAGCGAGAGAGCUCGUCCAUUUUUUUAGCAGGACAACAAUGUCGACGUCCAACGCUAAUUUCAAAAACAAGUGUGUGACACAGGUGAACUGCGUCUUCUGCGACAGCCUGCUCUGUACGAGGGGCAUGAAAGCGGUGCUGCUCGCAGACACGGAAGUGGAGCUUUUUUCAACCGACAUCCCCCCCAAUAGAACUGUUGACUUUGUGGCCAGCUGCUACUCGACUGAAAGCUGCAAAUGCAAACUGAGGGACAUCGCCUGUCUGAAGUGUGGUAAUGUUGUGGGCUAUCACGUUGUUGCCCCCUGUAAACCCUGCCUGCUCUCCUGUAACAACGGCCAUUUCUGGAUGUUCAACAGUGAUGCCGUAUCAACUCUCAACAGACUGGAUGCAACAGGCCUGAAUCUGCUCCUGUGGGGAGACCUUCCCGAGCUGGAUGACAGUGAGAAUGAAGAAUCAGAAACCCCAUCAGAGGAGGAGUGCAUUAGGUAGAGAGGGAAAUGGACAAUGUGAGAGACCAAGAGGGCCAACAUUUUUAAAUGGAGCUUCACGAGUGUACAAACCAUGCUGAGAUGAGACAGAAAAGGGAAGCCUCAAAGGGUCAUUGAUCACUGAAUCACAUAGGGCAGAACAAGUGCUGCCGUGCUCCUCUGUAUGGGUUAAAAUAUGAACCCAUGCUGCACCUCUGUCCUCAUCCCAAACAACGAUGUCACAGCAGGUGUUUUUCCUUUGCUGCUUUUGGAGAACACCUGCUUAGACAGUGACUUAUCAGUGAAUACGAAAUUUUUGGCCCUAUGUGAUUGAGUGGCGAAUUACCCUUUCACCUAUGACCACGCCUUUUCCAUCAUUGGUCACUGUUAAAAAGCACAGACGCACACACCGUCACACUCACAUUCUCUCUCGCUCUUGAAUAUUUGCGUGAGCUGUCGUAAAACAAGUGGCUGAACUAGACUGAAAAUAACACACCUAGAGAACUUGAAUCUGGUGUGUUCCUCUUUUCAUUAGUCUCCACUGGGAUCACGGUUUUGAUCGGCUUCAUGAGACUUUGGGGACUGUGGUAUAAAUCAAUGGAACUUACUGUGCCAGUGAAUGCAGUGCUUUUUCCCGUUGUUUACGUGAAGUCCACUUUUCUGAUAUGAUGACCACAAUUCCAUUGCCUUCCUCUUAACGGCAGAUCUACAGUAAUCUGUACAUUGAAUAUGCUGUGAUAAGCAUUUAAUCCCAUGAACGGUCGAGGCUCAAAUUUUCUUUGUGUGGCUGGGUGCUGACCUGAGUUUUUGUGCUUUUUUAAAUCUAAAAAUGUAUUGGGGGAAAUAGCACAAUUAUUGAAUGAAAUGUGUAUAUAUAUAUAUAUAUAUAUAUAUAUAAGAUAUGAGUUUAUGGGCGUAUUUAAUUUAGGUCACCUUACAAUCUGAUAUAGUAUGAAAAGUUUUGAUAUGCCAGUAUACUGUAUACACCUGACAGCAGCAGUAUGUGUUUAACACCCAGAUGCAUCUUGACAGUAGCGGCGUCCGAUACUAACAUAUAGCUUAUAUGCAUAAUGUGUGCUUCCACAGCAGCCAAAUUUAAUGUCAAACUUUUGUGUUUUUUAGUUCAAAUAAAGUAAAAAAACAAAGGUUGCUGGAUAAACUAGAAUGGUAAUUAACUAAAAAAUAUUUGAAUGCCACUCCACAGACCCUUUUUUAUUUCACCACUAUUUUAUGUAGCAGCACAACUGUAGCAUCUGAAGAGAAGAAUAAAAAACACAACUCCAAAGAAUCACAGAACAUAUCAAUAUUGAACCGUCAGACUAGCUGUCCCUGUUAGAAGAUAGUUAUGACAUUUUAAAAACAGUAUUUCACAUUUAUUUUCCUUUGUGUAGUUAAGUUAAAGUCAGUGCAUUUGGCCACUAACCUUUAAACGCUCAGUAUUCCAUUGGCCUUACUGAUGUCACUCAAAACGCUCCCUUUUUUGGCAGUGCCAUCCUCGAGCUCUUGUUAUUGUUUCACUGCCGUGCCCUGCUAUAAUACUACGAUCCUGUCUUAAGGUAACAGUCGUUUCUGGGAGUGAAUGAUUUAUGCCUGUAUGGUUGGGAAACGUUGUUGAAGGAAGCAAACAUAGAAUGUCACUUCUUACAUGAAGGAAAAGGAUAUAGGAAGUGGUUUCUUUUUUAAAUCUAUAAUUAUAUUUAUAGCUAUAGCUUUUAGUUGCGGAAAAAAAACACAGAGUUUACGAAAACCAUGUCCAGAAUUUCUCGUCCUUCACAUUUUCAAGUUCGAACUGACAGUGCUAUACUUGCACACCAAAUACUGUCUAAUGUGGUAAACUGAUAGGACACAUUACAUCAAAUAGCUAUUUAUUAAGUCUGCAAACCAAAUAUCUGUAACCUCAUUCAGCCUUUUUUGUUUACAGACUUUGUUUACAAAUUAUUUGUAUUGUGCUGUAGUACGUAUGUUUUUGUUUAUGUAUUUAAUAUUUCAUUAGUGCCGUAGUACUUUGUUUUCUGUUUAUAAUAUCGGACGUGUACAGUUUUACCUCAAGCGGGUAUCACUUGCAAGCUUCCUCUGGCUAGGACAAAUGUCAAAUGAUAAUCAAAAGAAUUAUUUAAAUGGCUGUUUCUGAUGUGAAUAACUUUGAUUAACAUGCCCUGCUGAAAAUGUAUAUUUUGGAAUUGCACUGAAACUGCAUUGGUAGUUUGAAAACAUGAUUUGUUGUUUUGUAUGCCUGUUAACUUAAUAAACCCUUUUUUUUUUCAAAA